GCCAGGGAAUUGUUCUACUAUCUAAAAGGAGGGCAAGUUGAUUAUGGUGAAGAGCACAGCAAAUCUUGUGGGCACUCACAGUUUGGCAGAAUUUAUGAACAAGGGCAUUAUCCUGAAUGGGAUGAGGACCACCCGAUACACUUCGUGGGGCAUUCAGCUGGUGCACAAGUUGUUCGGGUCUUGCAGCAAAUGCUCGCUGAUAAGGCAUUCAAGGGAUAUGAGAACUCGUCGCCAAAUUGGGUCUUGAGCAUAACUUCAUUGUCCGGUGCAUUCAAUGGCACCACAAGAACCUAUUUAGAUGGCAUGAUGCCUGAAGAUGGAAUAUCAGUAAAGCCCGUUAGCCUACUCCAAUUAUGCCGAAUCGGAGUAAUCCUAUACGACUGGUUCGAUAUCCAGUGGCUGAAAAAUUACUACAAUUUUGGUUUCGAUCAUUUCAACUUGUCCAGAAAAAAAAUCGGCAUUUGGGGCCUCGUAAAUUGCCUUAUUGGCAAAACCGGCCCGUUUGCCUCCGGCGAUUGGAUUCUUCCGGAUCUUACUAUCCAAGGUUCCAUUCGGCUGAACACUCGCAUUCAGACAUUUCCAAAUACUUACUAUUUUAGCUACGCAACUAAACGAACGAGAAAGGUAAUGGGAGUUACAAUCCCUUCUGGCUUGCUCGGGAUUCACCCAUUAUUGUUCAUCCGAGUUUUGCAGAUGAGCCAAUGGAGGUAUCCUAUGGACAUCGUGCCUCCUUAUAAAGGUUACCGGGAUGAAGAUUGGUGGGACAAUGAUGGAGCGCUGAACACAAUAUCUAUGACGCACCCUCGUUUUCCAGUCGAGCACCCGAGCCAUUUUGUCGUAAAGGAUUCAGAAUGUCAACCUGUACAGCCUGGCAUCUGGUAUUAUAAGAUUGUCGAGGGAGAUCACAUUCUUUUCAUUGUGAACCGAGAAAGAGCAGGGGUUCAAUUCGAUCUAAUAUACGAUAGCAUUUUCGAGAGAUGCAGAAAACAUGCAUUCAGAAAGAAGCCUACAUUGCCAAAUCAAGUGCACCAAUAGUGUGUAAAAAGUGAAACUGUAAAAAAAAAAUCUUGUUCUCACCUGAAAGAGUUACAAUACUUGAGGCUUGCUAAUCUCCUUAUUCUUUCAGUCUCAUUCUUUUUUCUUUUUUCUCUUCUUAUUUUUCUGUCCUUUUUUGUAAGAGAGGUUAGGCCUCUCACUUGCUAGAUGCAAACAUUUGAAUGUGAUGUGAUAGCUUUGUGUUCAUCAUCUGUAUUUAUUGUGUAUUACCAAGGUUUACUCUCCAUAUUGUUAUGAAAAAUCAACGUGAAAAAAGG